AUUUUAUAUUUUCUGGUAGGAUUUUCCACUCGUUAUUUCCUGGCCCAAGCCUUGCUUCAAGAAUUGUGCAAACAUGUCUUCCUUCCACCAAACCUCACACAUCUUCGUCAUUGGCGGUACGGGAGCUCAAGGCAUCCCAGUCAUUCGAGGACUUGUCAAGGACAAGAAGUACAGAUGUCGAGUCCUGACCCGAGACGUGAACUCGACGCGGGCUAAGGAUCUUCUCGCUUUGGGCAAUGUUGAGUUGGUGCAGGGUACCUUUGCCAGUGAGGCAGAUCUCCGAAAAGGGUUCCGUGGCUGUGAUGGUGCGUUCGUCAACAUUGACGGGUUCAAUUGUGGAGAGAAGACGGAGAUGUAUUGGGCCAUCAGAUGUUACGAGCUGGCCCUGGAAGAAGGAAUCAAGUUCUACGUCUAUGGCAACCUCGAUUACGUCUACAAGAAGAGUUUAUAUGAUCCCAAGUUCAGGACUGGCCAUUAUGAUGGAAAGGGCAGAAUAGGAGAAUGGGUGCUUGCUCAGAACAAGGUGAACAGCCACAGGAUGGGCGUCACAGUCUUUACCACCGGGCCAUAUAUCGAGAUGUCGAUUGCGAAAUUCACCAUCUUCACUCCCACGAUUGAGGAUGGAAUUGUGACAUGGCGAGUGCCUCUUGGAGAUGACAGUGGUGUCGUGCAUGUCUCACUGGACGACUGCGAGUACUACGGCAGGUGGCUUUUCGAUCAUCCAGAGCGGUCGAAUGGCAUGGAUCUUGAGGUCGCCAUCGACCAUGUCAAUUAUGCCGACCUCGCAAAGGCAUUCGAAAAGGUCACAGGUCAUCCGGCGAGAUACAUCGAAACCGAUCUCGACACAUAUUGGAAGACUGGCAAUACAGCAUCCGCGGCCGACUUACCGAGUGGAUAUAACUCCGAUCCUAAGGAUCCUGCUUUCAUGACUUUUCGACAGAAUUUCACCGGCUUCUUCAACAUGUGGAAACACUCUGGCCGCAAUCAAGGCGUCAUUCGUCGUGACUAUAAGCUGCUUGAUGAGAUUCACCCGCACAGGAUCCGGAGCGCAGAGCAGUUCUUUAGGAUCGAGGAUGCCCGAGGAAAAGCUGCUAGCCUGGGCAGUCUCUGGGAUCGCGUACAGCCAGAGAACCUCCGACCUGUUCUCAAGCUUGCCGAGGACAAGAGAAAGGGCAAAUUGUAGAUACCAAGAUGAAGGCUUUGGAGAUAGUGAACAGACGUCGCGCGAUGAGUAAACUGGCUAGGUACCGGCACAGAAGCCUCCAUCCCCCGUCAUACUCGUAGCCCAAUUGUAUUUCCAGGCACCUCAAGGGUCCGGCCCCAGUCUACUAACUAGGCCGCGGCCCCAUCAUGGCC